AUGAACCAGGAGCAGUUGCAUAUUUUGUCUCGAGUAUUUCAGGGUUCAACUGACGCAGUCGUCUUUGAGGAUUUUAUCGAGCAGCUUCUCCAGCACUGUGGGAAAUGGCCAGAGCCGAAGUCUGUGCUAGUGAUGGAUAACGCAUCCUUUCAUCACUCGCACAGAAUCAAACAAAUGUGCUCAGAAGCUGGCAUAAAGCUAGUGUAUUUGCCUCCAUAUUCUCCUGAUUUGAAUCCUAUUGAGGAGUUUUUUGCGGAGCUCAAGGCCUUUAUCCGGCGUAAUUGGCAAUCCUACAAAGAAAAUCCAGAGCAAGGAUUCGAUAACUUCCUCGAAUGGUGUGUUGAUGUUGUUGGAGCGAGGAAGAAAAGCGCAGAGGGACAUUUUCGACACGCUGGCCUAGAUGUAGAGAUAUAG